AGGUUUCUUUUUCCCUAACAGCACCGCACCCACCGCCUUCUUUUCUAAUUCAACCUGCUUCCCUUUAUAAAGUAGCAGCAGUGAAUCUUGAUCGGGUCGGGCAGAUGGGGGACACUACGGUCGGCGACAUCUCCAGCUCCGACCGCGCCCUGGUGGAGCAAGUCUCUAGGGUGGUGGAGCAAGCCAAGGAGCUCCAGGACCUCUCCGCCUCUUUAAUCUCCCGCACCUCUCGCGAAGAAGACUCUCUCCGUCAGAGAGCCAAUUCCCUCAAUUCCUCCAUCCACUCCCUCCGUUCUUCCAUCAGGAAAUCCAAUCUCCUCCUCGACUCGACGCUCGCCGAAAAAUUGGAAGAGGAACUCUUUAGAGCUAGGUAUCUACUGAAUGAAGGAGAUGCUGCCGCAUUUCUUCCCAGCAAAUCUCAUGGGCGGUUCUUAAGGAUGUUUCUUGGUCCAAUUAAUGUUCGCGCAAACAGGAAGGAUGUUCAGUUGAAAGUCAAAGAGGAAUACAAUAGCUUUAGAGAUAGAACAGCAUAUCUGUUCCUUUUCUUCCCGUUGCUGCUAAUUGUUUUAAGGUCGUGGAUCUGGAAUGGAUGUCUUCCGGCAUUGCCAGUUCAACUUUACCAGGCCUGGUUGUUAUAUCUCUAUACUGGUUUGGCUUUACGAGAGAACAUACUGAGGGUCAAUGGAAGUGAUAUUCGCCCAUGGUGGAUAUACCAUCAUUACUUUGCAAUGGCAAUGGCACUUAUAAGUCUUACUUGGGAGAUAGAAAGAGGGCCAGAUUGUGCUCAGAAGCAGAAAGGAGUCCUACUGUACUUGAAAUGGGCAAUCAUGCAAGGAAUUGCCAUGCUUCUUCAGAAUAGAUAUCAACGACAAAGAUUGUAUACUCGUAUUGCUUUGGGCAAGGCUGGCAGAAUGGACGUAGUGUGGGGUGAAACUGCUGGAGUGGAGGGUCAGUUAUGGCUGCUAUGCCCGAUACUGUUCAUCUUGCAGGGUUUUGAAGCAUAUGUUGGACUACUGUUGCUUAAAACUGCGUUUCUUGGUGUUAUAUCUGAGUGGCAGGUGAUCACCUGUGGGAUCCUCUUGAUAAUCAUGGCAGUUGGGAACUUUGCCAACACAGUGCAAACACUUGUAACCAAAUCUCGGGUUAAAGCUAAAAUGAAGAAAGGCAAAAGCAAGCAAGAAUUGGAUCAGGGAUCUGGUAAGCAUCAAUGAGUAGGAAAACUCGGUUCCUACUUGAGUUAGGACUACAAUCACUGGAGGAGGACUUGACCUGAUCUGGUGUUUUUACAUUGUGGCCCUCAGAUGUUACGUGAGUAGGUUUCUGAUGAUAUAUCUGACUUUGACCUCGGAUUAUGGAAAUUGGAGUAGAAUAUUCAGUCAUGAGAUGUGUACCAAAACUCAAAUCCUGUUCAUGCGGAAUGUUCUUGUGCAUUUUAGUGGUUGGUCUAGGAAGUCCUGCUGCAUUAAAAGUGUACUUUUGAUUGAUUGCUUCCAGCAAAAGGCUCUCCAGAAGUUUUGUUUGCCUGAGUGUUCACAAUUCGAUUUCUGUACUUUUCAAAAACCUUUAAUGCAUCUUACUGUUCAUAUUAACCUUGGAUGUAGCUAUGGACCUAUGGUUUAUUUUC